AUGGAUAAGGAACAAACGGUGCGUCCGGUGCCGGCACCACGUCGUCUAUAUCCUGAACUGCGUAAAAGUGAAUAUGAAAAUGUGGCCGUCGAACUAAUCAAUAAAAAUCUAAAUAUUAAAUCGGAAAAUUUACAAAAUAAUGCCAACAACAAUGAAAAAGUACCCAACAAUAAGGUGUUCCUGCUGUAUCCCAAUCUACCCGAAAAUGACGAUGAUAUAACACCAACAAAUAAUAAUAACAAAUCAAUACUAACCGAAACUAAUGAUUUGUAUGGACCCAAUGCAAAUGAAAAUGUGACAAUAUAUGCUGCACCCACGCCGAAACCAGCUCCCCGGCCACGUAAACCGCAAAAUAAUGAAAUACAAAGCUAUGAGAAUACAAUAAUUCGACCGAUAUCUUCAGGCGGUGGGGAAGGAGCUCAGCAACAACAACAAUUAAAUAUUUUAGAUAGUUCUGGAGGUGCAAUCAAUAAGAUAAACAAUGAAUCGCCAAUACAAAUAACACGUCGUGCCCCAGAGCUACCACCAAAAACCUAUUUAAAUUCGGAACGUGAAAUGGAACGACGUCGUCGCUACUCCAUUUCCAGUGAGGUCUCAACCACAAGUAGUUGUAACCGGGAUACAACGACGGAUUUAAAGGACAUCAAUUUUAAACGUGAUAAACUCAAUAAGUCCACUAUGAGUUAUAAAUCGUCGAAUUCAUCGUUAGCCGAUUCUGUGGAAAGUUCGGAAAAUAGCAAAUAUAAAUCACCAUCACCCGGUGAUCUCCUUAAAUCAUUGGGUUCAACCUCAAAAUUACUCACCGAAUCGAUUGGAGAACGUGUGGCAUCAAAGGCCAAGGGAGCCAAACAUAAAUUGGAUAAAAACCUCAAAUCAUCGACGGAGGCCUUAAGUUCUAUUGGAGCCGGUACCACUAGUCGUCUAAAGAAAUUGGGAGCCAAUUUCACUUUGACGAAGAAAGAUAAAACAGCAACAGCCGAAUUUCAUAUGGAUAGACCACAAACACUACCACCUAAUGAUCAAGUUUUCACUGGCAUAACCUUUACCAGUCCAUUGUCGAACAAGGCUAAAGGCAUGUAUGAUCUACGACAACAACAAGACGAAUUUGAUAAUUCUUAUGAGGUACCGCGUACCUUGCAGCCUCCGUCCUACAAUGAGGUUAUGAAAACUAAUAACUUAUCUGCUGAUGAUUCCGACACAAAUCCAUUGGCUUUGGAGGCAGCCAAUAAAGUGUUACUCAAACGUUCACAGAAUUCUUUAUCUAGCAGUAGUUCUGAAACUUUAAAUUCCAGAGAUUCUAUGGACCAACCUCCGUCACCUCCUAUGCCCUCCAUACCAGCUCCAGUGUUACCACCAGAUUUUGCCAAAAGCAACAACAAUAACCCUAAUGAACCUGCCUAUGGUAAAAUAAACCCUGUUCAACCUCCAGUUCGCCACAAACGAAGAAAAAACUAUGAAGAUAUACAACUGAGAAGAGAACUACCCGAAAGCAAUAUUAACAACUUAAGACCCAACAUUGAUUCUGCCGAAUUACAUGCCAUGAAUGCUGCUGCUGUGCAAGCGGAACGUGAAGAAUCCUUGAUUCUGAGAGAAAAACUUCUGGAGGAGGAAAAGAAAACACCACAACCGGAUCGCAGUGAUUCAUGGGAAUAUCAUGAAGAACAAGAUAAUGCCUCAACCUCAUCUUCGAAUGAUGUUGAUCCCAUCUAUGCCAAUCAAGAAGUUACCUACGGUAAUGUUUUUGAAAUGGCCACCAGCAAUAAAGACAUACUAACACCACGCAAUGCCCUCGUUCAAAUAUCCGAAGAGGAAUCAGCAGAUGAGACCGAUUUGGGAGCGGUUGGUGGUUUUACAUUAGUCGAGCCUUCUAAGGAUAUCAUACAAGAAUUUGAUCCGUUAAUGCAUAAACGAGGCACCACCCUCAAAUGCAAUGAUAAAUCCAAUCAAUUGUUGUUGCUGGAAUAUCUACUCGAAGAGGACACCUAUGGCAGUGUGAAUGAUCAAAGUUGUUGUGCCAAAUCUGAUGAUGACAUAAGUAUGUGUACCUCAGAGGAAGACAAUACACACAUGGCCGCAGCCAAUGAAGUACCUAGCGGUGCCGUAAAAGUACUUCCUACACCAAAUUUACAAGAAAAACAAUUGGAAAAACCUUCAACUUCCGCAAAACCUAUGCAAAUUGUCCAUCAGAAUGCCCAUCUACUUUCCGAUAGCAGAGAAAACAUGCUGUCAGAUGACUUUGAGGCCAGAGUCAAACCAUAUCUAAGUCGUGUUGAUGAAAAUCCCACCACAUCUUCCAAUAGGGUAGAUUUAGGCAAACCUUCGCCUAAACGUUCGCAAUGGUUUGUGGCCGAUGACAGCGAACAACAACAAAAAGGAAAACCACAGGGUAAUUCCUCACAAACACGUCCGAAUCCCUUCAAUAAACCAAACAUAGAAGAUGGUGAAAGUCCGCCUUCCUACCUGGAAGCCAUUGGGGAAUGCCCUUCGGAUAAGAACGUCGAUUCGACGCAACAAAAACAUUCCUCUCAGGGUACAGCGGCUCGCUUUAUGAAUAACACAAAAAAUGUUUUUUCCAAUGUGAAAUCUCAUGUUGAUGCCUUGAAGCGGAAAGCUAGUUUUAAAACCCAACCAAAGUCAGCGGAUGUCAAGGUCACGCUACAAAUGAUACCACGUCCUAGUUUGUCACCACUACUCGUUCGCUACGAAGGACCAUUGAUACGUUUUCCUUCGGGUGUUGUUGAAGAUAUACUCAAAGAAAUGCAAAAUCGCAAAGCCAUCCUUAGGGAUCGUCAAUUUCAAACAUUCCUUGAUCAAGAGAUGAAAACUCCCAAAGAAGCCAUACCACUCGAAUACAUUACGACACUGCAAUGUGUCAGCAAUAGUCGGGUAACGGAUAAUUCGACACGUUUUUAUUGUUUUGAAAUAACCACAUCGAUACCGAAAAAUGGUAGUGGUAGUAGCAGUAGUUCGAAUAAUGUGCAACAAUUAUCAAAUCCCAAUUUGAUAAUAACAUCUGGCUCCUCUGGCAAUGUAAAAUAUCAACGAGCUUGUCAUUUAUAUGGUGUGGGCAAAGAAUCAGAGAGAGGUAUAUGGAUGCAAAAACUUUUGGAGAGUUUAACAAAUGUUGUUCCCGUGAAGUACACGUGUCAAUAUUAUAGAGCUGGUUGGUGUUAUUUGAAGAAUUCAAUAACCUCCGAAUGGAGUGGAACUUGGUUGGUAUUGAAGAAAACACAAAGACGUUUGAUAUUCGUGACCGAAGCAACAGGUAAUGUUGAAAAGGUGGAUUUAAGAAAAGCAAGAUGUAUUGUUCUCAAAGAUAGCGAUGAAACGAUCAAAAAUCUUCACGUUGAAAAUGGACCAAUGCUUAUGAUUGACGCUCCACCCUUCACCGUCUACAUGAUUAUGAGUACACCGAGGGAAACAAAAAUUUGGCGUCACAUAAUACGAGAAGUUGCCCACAAUAAUGGUUUCACACUGGCCGAUCAACAACUAACCAAAUUCAAUGUACCCGUUAUUGUUGAUAAAUGUAUAAAUUUCGUUUACAUUCACGGUUCAAUGUCUGAGGGCAUUUAUCGUAAAUCGGGUUCAGAAAAUUCAAUACUCAAAUUAAUGUCCGCAUUUCGGGCUGAUGCAUUUAAUGUGGAAAUUACUCGCAACGAGUAUAAUGAACACGAUGUGGCAAACGUAUUGAAACGUUUUAUGCGUGAUCUACCCGAAAGGCUGAUGGGUAAACUGUCGGAAAGUUUUAUUUGUGUAUCGGAAUUAAAAACAUCUGCUGAGAAGAUACCAUUGUACAAGGAGUUAUUAGCACGUCUUAGUGUUAUUGAACGUGAAACAUUAAAAAAAAUUGUUGGACAUUUGGCAUUUAUAAGUUCGCAGAAGGCGAAAAAUAAAAUGAGCAUACAAAAUUUGACGAUGAUAUGGGGACCAACGCUGAUGCAAAAUCAUCAGUCGCAAGAGGAAAUGGUCUAUUCACAAAAGGAAGCCGAUGUAUUUGCCGAUUUGAUAACAUUGUAUAAGAAUCUAUUUCCAUUGUCCCCUGAUGAAAUGAAAAAAGAACAAGAAAUGUUGUUGUGCUUGCAAAAAUAUUAUGCAGCAGCGGAAUCAUUGUCGGACUCAGUUAAAAAAUCAGGAGACCUUAAAAUGUGGAUAACAUUAAACCCGAAUCCAGAGAAUACAACAGAGGAAAAGACUCAAGUGAAUGUCACCAUAUCACCGACAAAAACCGCCUAUGAAAUUUGCCAAGAACUUGCACCCAAAAUGCAUUUAUCCACCCAUCAAGUAACGUUGCACGAAGUCAUAUGCAAUGGCAAUUUGGAGAGACCCCUACAUCAUGAUACCAAAGUUUUUGAUGUUGUACUAAAUUGGUCAUAUUGGCCAGAAGAUGAUCGUAAAAAUAAUGUACUAGUUGUUAAGCCCCUAGAUUUCCUUAAUGAAGUACAGCGGGCGGUGAAAAAUCUAGCUACCGUAACACCGGGUAAAGAGUUACGUUUCGCCGAUAACAAAACUAAAUCAUUUAAAUCAUAUCAAUGUGAUUUACGUGAUGGUAAAAUUGUUGUCUCGAAAAAGGAUAAAAACGAUAAAACAACAAUUGUCCGAGAGAUAUUCUUGCACAGUACCACUGCCUAUUUGGGUUGUGAGAAAAAACGAGAUGUCCCAUGGAAUUGGUCAAUAACAUUUGUCGAGAAGACACAAACUCAAAUUAUGAGAUCUCGCGAUUCACCAUUUAUUGGUCAUGUAUUGGCUGGCAGUGAAUGGGUUGAUCGAACAAUAUGGUAUUCCAGUAUAUGGUAUUGUUUACAUGGCGAUAGUAUAUUACCACCAGCUGAAAUUAUAAUCAAAUGAAA